CGAUUACCGUCUUUAAUGUUUCAUAUUGUAUACGACACUAGUGGGGAGAACGUCCCUGACAGACUGGGCAGGACCAGCUCCUACACUCGCAGGGAGACCAGGCUAGCUUCUCUGAACAAACCGGAGCAAGACACCACAAGCAAAGACUAUAAGAAGAUGUACGCCGAGGCGCUACAGGAGAAUGAGCGUCUCAAGUCCAGGUUGCAGGACAGCAAACAAGAACUCGUCAACAUUCGUUCCCAGCUGGAAAAAGUGGCUCAAAGGCAAGACAGGAUAGCAGAGAAAUCUACUCUGCUUGAAUCCGAGAAAAAGGAAAAACGGGCCCUUGAAAAAAGAGUCUCAGGCAUGGAAGACGAAAUGAAGGCUUUCCCUGCUCUUGCUCAGGCGCAGGCCUUGCGGAGCGUCAACGAGCGCCUCCUGGCCGAGAACAGAGCUUUGCUGCGCGCCCUCGCCCGCCUCUCUGAGACGGCCUCCAUACCGGAGACAGAGGACCUCUGAACUCACUCGUCUUCCUCUCAUCCCCUUCCUCAGCAACAUAACACUCCUAUUGGAGCCUCUACAGGCCUCUCAUCCUCUUCCAUGUUCCUCUCAGGCAGGUCUUGACAGAGCUCAAGAUGGACAACCAGAGGCUAAAGGAUGAGAACGGCGCUCUCAUUCGAGUCAUCAGCAAACUGUCUAAAUAAAAGGAUGUCACAACCCAAAGCUCCUUGUUUGCAGAUGUUCAAACCAUUUAUGAGAGAUCUUGAUUCCCGCAAUCAAGUGCCUCCCAUUGGGCAGUGUUAAGAUGAAUGGAUUGUCUUGUAUAAUAAUGACCACCCCUUAUCAUUUUUAGGGACCAUGCAUGCAGCGUGAUUGAUAUUUGAUAAUAAUGAGUGCAUGAAGACCUCAACAUAUAACCUCAUAAUUGUUGCUCCAGUUUGCAUACCGAACAUUGUGUACGGAAUACUGUAUGUUGUCUUAUUUAUGAAAAACAAAUCGAGUCCUUAGUGCUAAUUCCCACCCCAGAAUGGUCAUAGCAAAAUGAAUACAAUUUGUGAGUGCUGAGAUUCAAUGAUUGCUCUUCUUGCAGUGGCACACAGAAACAAGCACUUAGAAACACAAAUACAGCAAAAAUAGUAAAAAGAAAGCAAAAAAAAAAAAGUCUACAAAAGGUUCAAUUGGGACUUUUCUGAUUGUUCAAGGUGUUUAUGUUAACACGGCAAAUCUGUUAUAAACCCAAUGAGAUGAAAAA